AUGAAAGAAAACGUCUUCCGUGGGGCGGCAGGACCUGAGGUUGACGACGCCUGGAAAUCUCUGGGUACAGACUAUCUCCCUAUAAUUCUGCCUGAGAACGAAGCAGAAGAAUACGGUCUGCGUCUUGGGCAAGUCAAGAGACGGCAGGAUCAAGGUGGUGGAUUCUUUGCAAAUGUUGAAGUGCUGCAUCAUUUGCACUGCCUUAAUCUACUUCGAAAAGCGUCACACUUCAGUUAUGAAUAUUAUCAUUCCCAAGGAGAAGGUCCAUUCGCAAACGACGAUGAGGUUAUUUGGCUACACUUUGGGCAUUGCUUGGAUAUUCUUCGGCAACAGCUUAUGUGUAGCGCAGGCGUUGGAGUCUUUGGGCAAUAUUGGAUUGCUGAUCCUCCGGGCCCAUUCGUUGACUUCAACACCAAGCACAAAUGCAAAAACUUCGGCGCGAUUCGUGAAUGGGCAGAGAAGAACCAGGUGACGGAAGAAGAUAAUAGUCGUGUAGAAUUUCGCCCCGGAGAUAUCGUUUUGCCUGAAAUCCCAUGA